AUGAGAACCAAUUCGUUUAAACAAACGAGAAGCUUGUGGGUUCGUGCAAAUUUUCCUAGAAAUAAGUUUUUCAGCACCACUGCUCUGCCAUUUCAAAAAGUUACUCCUGAUGCUUCCGAAGACUCACAUACUGGCCAAUACAUAGACACUAUCAUUAAACCAUUUACCGUGACCACUUAUGCUCGUCCCAACUUAGUUAUCACCCAUGGUAAGGGUUCAGUCUUGCAUGAUUUGGAAAAUAGACAGUACAUUGAUUUUACUGCUGGGAUAGCAGUGACUUGUUUGGGGCAUUGUCAUGAUGGUGUAACCAAGGUAAUCUCUGAGCAAGCAGCUACUUUGAUGCAUUGCUCUAAUUUAUAUUACAAUUUGCCAGCGGGGGAAUUGGCUAACAAAUUAGUCACUUUAACACAUAGUUCUGGAGGAAUGCAAAACGCUCAGAGAGUAUUUCUCUGUAACUCAGGAACUGAAGCAAAUGAGGCAGCCUUGAAAUUUGCUAGAAAAUUUGGUAAGAGCAUGAGUGACGAUAAAAUUGAAAUUAUUACGUUUGAAAAUUCCUUUCAUGGAAGAUCAAUGGGAGCAUUAUCUGUGACGCCAAAUCCAAAAUACCAAGCACCGUUUGCACCUUUAAUUCCAGGAAUUAGGAUAGCAAAGCCAAAUGAUAUUGAAAGCGUCAAGAAACUUAUUAGUAAGGAAAAGACAUGUGGUGUCAUAAUAGAGCCCAUUCAAGGUGAGGGAGGUGUUACGUCAAUGUCGGAGGACUUCUUAGUCUCAUUAAGAAAACUAUGUGAUGAGAACGAUGUAAUUUUGAUCUACGACGAAAUUCAGUGUGGUUUAGGGAGGAGCGGUAAAUUAUGGGCCCAUUCUUACCUUUCUCCAGAAGCGCAUCCUGAUAUUCUCACCAUGGCAAAGGCUCUUGGAAAUGGUUUCCCUAUUGGUGCCACGAUGAUCAGUGAGAAGGUAGAGAAAUCCUUGACCGUUGGAGACCAUGGCACCACUUACGGCGGUAAUCCAUUAGGGUCUAAGAUUGGCACUUACGUGUUGGAUCAAAUUUCUGAACCGGCCUUUUUGGAAGAGGUCUCAGAGAAAUCUGAGAGAUUCGUAAAAGGAUUGAGCAAAAUAAGUGCUAAAUUUCCAGAUCAAAUUGAAACUGUUAAGGGAAAAGGAUUGCUUCUCGGUUUACAAUUUAAAGAAGGUGUUAAUAUUUCUUCUAUCGCUACCAACUGUAGAGAGCGUGGUUUGUUCGUCGUAACGGCUGGAAUGAAUGUGAUUAGAAUAAUACCUGCAUUAAAUAUACCUAACGAGUUGAUUGAAGAGGGUUUGGAAAUAUUUACCAAUGCUAUAUCUGAUGUCGUCUCUUAG